AUGUCAACCACUUUGGCAGAAAUGUUGGAAAAGAUGCGAGUCAGGGAAACUGAUGACGCACGCACUGUGCUGAGCAAGAAACUGUCGUACGUUCUCCGUCAUGGUGCGAAGCAGCUGGACCUCACCAUCACCAAUGGAGGCUUUGUGUCGGUGGCAGAUCUGCUUGCUAUUGAAGACCUAUUCGGAAAUGUGCAAACCCAGGAUCUCUUGGAAGUGGUUGAAAGUUCCAACUCGGAGAAGCAGCGGUACGAGCUCAUGCAGGAGGAGGAAACAUGGCUCAUUCGGGCCACCACCAAGCACACGAUGGAGGGGAUUCAGUCGCCACCGAAGCAGAAGAAGUCACCAAAGAAGAGCAGCAAGGAUCGGGUGCCCACGCGGAUCCUUGAUCAAGAGGAGUUCUGCCUCACUUGGAGGCUGGACAAAAUGGCAAUGCAGCGGCUGGCAGAGUUGCCAGAAGCCAGUCGGCAGCAAGCCAUGCAGCGCUUCAACCCAGGUCCAGAGGUGCCGGAGUCUGACUUCCCGAAGCUCUUUGUGGCCUUCCUGAAGCGCUUCAAGAGCAAGGAGGGAGGUGAUGAUGAUGAGGGCAAAGGCAGCUCUUCAUCACCAUCGCGACGAAAGGCCCACACACCUGCACGGAGGGAGGUGGAUCGGGUGCCAGAGGAGUCCGGCUCCGAUGGCUUGGCUCCAGGUCGAGCUCCUUUCUAUCAGACUCCUGGGUCAACUCCCCGGAGCUUCAAUGGGCAGGAGUGCCGAAGUCCGCAGCAAAGGUUAAUGCAGGACUUUCCUGGCAUGCCUGCCAGCCCCGAACAAGGGUCUGUGAGCCCGCAAGCCAUGCAAAUGUCGCUUCAACAGCCGCAGAUGCCGCCGACUCCUGCUUUUUCGCAGUCCUUGCAGCUGGUGCAGGGCAAUAUCGCCCCGUCGCAAAUGCAGGUCCUCUCGACGUCUUCUCCCACAAGCAAGGCCUCUGGUGCCGCCUUUGGAAUGUCCGCUGGAGCUGGGUCGCCUACCUCGCUUGCCCAGCCCAUGGGGUCUCCAACAAGCCUGACCAAUUUUCCGGACAUGAUGCAGGGAUACCAGAACUUUCAACAGAUACCUGCUUUCCGACCGCAACAGAUCCCUCAACCACAAUUCCAAACCCAGCCACAACAAUUGCAGCAGAUGCAACAGCACUUGCAACCUCAACAGCUGCAACAGCAACAGCAGAUUCAACAGCAGCAACAGCAGCAGGUACAGCAACAGCAACUUGUUCAAAACCAGCCGCCACAGGUGCAGCCACAUCAACAGCUGCAACAGCAACAACAGCAGUUGCAACAGCAGCAGCAAUUUCAACAGCAGCAGCAGUUGCAACAGCAGCAACAGGCUUUACAACAACAGCAGUUGCAACAACAGCAGCAGCAAUUGCAACAGCAACAGCAACUGCAACAGCAGCAGCAAUUGCAACAGCAACAGCAGCUGCAGCAGCAACAGCAGUUGCAAAAGCAGCAGCAGUUACAACAGCAGCAGCAGUUGCAGCAGCAACAGCAGAUGCAACAGCAACAGCAAAUGCAACAGCAGCAGCAAUUGCAGCAGCAACAGCAGCAGUUGCAACAACAAAUUCAGCUUCAGCAGCAACAGCUGCAACAACAGCAAAUGCAACAGCAACAGCAGGUCCAACAUCAACAGCUUCAAAUGCAGCAGCAACAGCAGCAACAGCUGCAACAACAGCAACAAAAAUUGCAGCAGCAGCAGAUGCAAGAACAACAGCAGCUGCAAGAGCACCAGCUCCAACAGCAGCUCUCGCCAGAGCAACAAGACCAGCUGCCCUCGCAAAUGCAGUCGAUGCACAUGCCGCAGCAUCCUCCUCCAGUCCAUGCACCGAAGCUGCCAGAAGGAGGAGGACUAUCGACGAUGGCACCAUCCCAGGGGUUCAGCACGGAGGCAUCUUUGUCUCCAAGCGCAGCUCCCAGGAUCUUUGCGACGCCACCACCUCCCAUGCAUGCACCCCAGGUCGGUGUCCGAUCAAGCGAGCCAGAGCCCUCGCGACCACCACGCAUUUCCAAGGGAGCAUGGUGCAGACGCGCCGGGUGCCUGCCUUUCAUGGACAAAAACCGGUGCCACUUGAAGCACUUUCAUUCCGAUGAGAGCAACGAACUUGGCAGAAGCAGGCCCGCAAAUGGGAAGAGAGCAAUGGCAGAUGAUGCAGGAUGCCAGCAGCUCGCCAGUGACAUCGCCUACGAGCGACCAGUACAGAGAGCAGGUGCGACAACAGUUGAACGAGAAGUUGCAGAAGGAAUCGAGACAGGACGGCGACAGAAACCCGCGAGAGCAGGUGAAACAGCAGCUCCAACUUCAGGAGCACAUGCACCGUCACCUGGAAGAGAACAUGCAGAUGUCUUGGCAGGCACCACAGGAGCAGAUGCAAGGCUCAAUGCAGCCCCUGGCCACUGGGCAGCAUUGCUGAAUUUACAAGCAGGUGACACCAAACGUGAGGUGCAACAACAACAGCGUGACUUGUCAAUGAGUGAGUCCAGUCUUGUCCCUCUGCUCAUUUUCCAAGACUGCCCUGCACCGGGAAGUCAGCUGCAGAAGCUGCCGCCUCCACCGGCCCAGAUGCCGCACCUCGGCUUUCUUGGCUGCUGCCCCAGCAGCAAUGGCAGCGACCCCAGAGUCAACAAAAAAACGUCCAGUCAACAGGAGUGGUUCAAGAUUGAAUUAGGACAGGUUUCGGGAAACGGCAGGGUUUUGAAAGCCCAGGACCAUCUCGCCAAGUUGGAAUUUCCAAAGACGGUCUUGGCUCCAGUCGGACCGGGCGGACCUGUUGAGGGCUUAGCCUUGAAGUCCGUGGAAGAGAGCAGCCUGAUGGACUCUGAGAAGGACGUCCUUGCCUCUCUCACCAGCCUUUGGGACGAGUCCUUGAUGGAUCGGGUGGAUCGCUUGGACCUGGAGCAACCCAUGGUGGCUCGCUCCACUGAGCUGGUGGAGUCGCAGGAGCCGGGAGAGCCCAGUGUGGCGAAUCCCUUAAAGGCCACUCCAGCCAACGUGCUUAUUGGUUCUACACCGGGCCCUGCCAGAGCCUCGGAGGACGUCUCCGAGCCGAAACCGCCGAAACCUGAGUUUUACAACUGCUGCGGCAGCAGCGGGGUCGUGGUGAUUUUUGGGCAUCCCGAAGCUCGGCUCGAAGACUUACAACGGAGCUUCUCCAUCUCCACGGAGGAGGCGCGGAGCGACCAGAAGAACCCCGACUCUCGCAUGGCCCUCUACAUCAGACAGGUGAAGAAGGAGAUGGGCAAGAGGAUGUAUGAGGCCAUGGGUGAGCUGCAUCAGUCAUUGUCCAGCAUUGAGAUGAGGCUGAAUAUGAAUGGCUGCUUGUGGCGAGAUAAGGUCAGGCAUCUGCAGAUGAGGCUGAAAUUAUUGAGGGGAUGGGUGGUGAAUGAUUGGGAUGAGGAGAAGGCUCCUUGCACUGUGGAGAUGAGGGUGCCUCUGAUGAGGUCAUGGCUGCUCUAUGAGCAUGACACCAUGAAGAGCAUGGUUUCUGAUGAGAAGGAGUCCAACAUGGCUUGGAUGAGCUUGUGCACAUUGUGCUACAUAAGCACAUUCAAAGUUCUGCUCAGGAUCCAGAUGGGAUUGGAUGAGGUGACUGAGAGUGGGACCUAUGAGCAUGGCAAGAAGCCACAUGAGCUGAUCCAUGAGGUGGUUGAGAACAUCAAAGCAGCCAUGAAGUCCCAGAUGUUCCAGAUCCAUGAGCCUGCAGAUGCCACGUAUGAGGAGAUGAUCAGGCAAGACCACAAGAUGAGCAAUCUGGAUGGAUUUGAAAGAUUUUGGCUCUGUGAGACCUAUGAGCUGGAGACCAAUGAGCACUUCAAGCCAGCCAUGAGCACCCUGAGGGGCCAAUGGCCACAAAGGGAUGUCAUAAGCUCCAUCCUCCAGCAUGGCAAGUCCAUCAGGCCAUGA